GGCUGGGCGCACCGCCCGGGGACUGGCACCGCACGCCCCGGCACGCCUGGACGCCCAGGCCGAGGGAACCCCCUCUGCUCCCCAGCCCCCAGGGACGAGUGCCCGCCGCGGGGCCCUCGGAACCAGAGCCAGCCGGGCGGGGCGGCGCCUCCAGGCUACCAGAUGUUCGCCAUCCAGCCAGGGGUAGCUGAGGUGGGGCAGUUCCAGGGGGGCCCGCCUCCUGGAGGAUGUCAGCCCGAGCUUCAACCAGACAGCAACUCCAACUUUAUGGCAAGUGCCAAGGAUGCCAAUGAGAAUUGGCACGGGAUGCCAGGCCAAGUGGAGCCCAUACGGAUGAGGAGCUCCGAGUUGCCCUCUGACAACCAGACCUUCCAGUCUCCUGGGCUCCCCCAGGGGGAGGUCCGCAGCCCCCCGGAGGGGGCAGAGAUCCCUGGAGCUGGGCCUGAGAAGAUGAGUGAUGCCGGCACAGUCUGUUCCCCUCUGGAGGACAACGGCUAUGCCAGUAGCUCCCUGAGCAUUGACAGCCCUAGCUGCAGCCCUGAGCCUGCCUGUGGGACCCCUCCCAGCCCUAGCCCUCCAGAUCCCCUUCUGCCUUCCGUGGCCCAGGCCGUACAGCAGCUGCAGGCUCAAGAGCGCUUCAAAGAGCAGGAGAAGGAGAAGCACCACGUGCACUUGGUGAUGUACCGUCGCCUGGCUCUGCUCCAGUGGAUCCGGGGCCUGCAGCACCAGUUGGUUGACCAGCAGGCCCGUCUGCAGGAGAGCUUUGACACCAUUCUAGACAACCGGAAGGAGCUUAUCCGCUGUCUCCGUAGGGCAGCACCAUCCAGGCCCCAGGACCAGGGCUAAGGGUGUCUGUUCAGGGGUGCAAAGGUUUAUGUAUAUAUUUGCAGGCAUGUGUGUGGUUGUGCACAAGCAAGUACAGAUUAUUUGCUGGUAUGAGUGCAGGGUAGCAUGAGUGUAUCAGUGCUAACAUGUAGGCAGAUGUGCACAGGCCAUGUGUGAAUCAGCACCUGUGCAUCAGCGUGUGUGCUGUGUGGACACAUGAGCUAACUUCUUUGCAGGCCUGUGUGUGUGUACAUGUGUGUAUGUAUAGCAUGUAUGUAGGAGGGAGUAAAUUUGUAUAUGCAUGUGUGGAUAGGCACCCCAUGGCGUGUGUAUAUAUGGGUGAGUGAAGAUAUAUAUAUAAAAGAUGUGUGUUUUACAUAUGAGUGAGUUUGAACGUGUAGAUUUGUGGUGGGUGUUUGUGAGUGAGCCCUUGUGUGUGCAGGCCUAUGUAUAGGUGUGCAUGUGUGACAUGUGCAGGUGUGUGCAUGAGAUGUGUAUAUUAGGAACAUGUAUAUUUGCAGGCUGACUCAGGAGCAAGUGUGUGCAAAUAUGUGUUCAAUUGCACAUGUGGGGCAUCCACCCAUACCUUAUGUUCCCCGUGGUCUACACUAGCCUUUUUUCUCCACGGGGUCCCACUGCUCCCUGGAGAGAGGGCUAGGCUGCUCUCAUUUAUCUGGAGGUUGUGGCUGAUCCAUUCUCUUGGGAUUUCUCGGGCUACCUCUCCUUAUCCCUCCGCUUUGCUCCUCCCAGACCCUGCUCUGCUAAGGCUGUUGUCCCUGAUGGUGGAUUUGCUGUAGGAAGUUAGGUGGCUGCUUCAGUCUACCAUGGCUUUUUGGCUGCGAUUUUGCCAGGGUGAUUGGUAGAGAACUGGUAUCAGUGAAAGGAGCUAGGAUGGUGACUGACACCAUGGCAGGCAUGGGGGAGGGAUCAGAGAAGAAGGUAGGGGACUGUCCCGCUUGAACUCUGCCACUGGGCACAUAGUCUGAGAUAGGGAUGGGGGAGAUGACAAUGGCAGAACCCUGUGAAGACUAGGAGAAUAGGAAUUCUAAAAUACCAGUGCCAAACACAUCACACCUCUCCACUGCAAAGGAGCUGUUGCAAACCACAUUGACUUAAGCUUCUGAUGAAAAGGAAUCUGUGUUAAUAUAAUGUCAUAUGUCAAUUAUACCUCAAUAAAAAAUAAAAAAUAAAAGGAAUGUGUGCUUUUUGGAAUGCAUAGGUGUUCCAAGGCUGUUGGGGAAAAUAUUACUUCCCUCCCUGUGCCUCUACUUGCUGUGCCUCUCUGGCUUUAGCAACACUGCAUAUGGAAUUAAUUUGGUCCGUUUCCCUGAAAUCAGACUGUCUGGGCCCGGAGGAGCCACAGUUUGGCUUUCUAGAGUGGGCAGUGGGCAGUAUCAGUCCUGCUACUGGAAGCUCUUAGGGUGCUGGGCCAUACCCCCUUCUGUCACUGCAUGGGGUUGACAGGCCCUAGCAGAGGCUACAUGAGGUGGAAAGCAGGUGAGUUCUGGGCAGAACUAAGGACUAAGGUAGCUGAGCUCCCUUCUUUACUUUUGGGAGCCAAGAGGAUGCAAGAUUCUGAUGGGUAAGCAGUAACAGAGGUCACUGACGCUGCCUCUGGCUCUCUGUCUCCCUGUCUGCAAAAUGUGUGGGUGGGUAGGUGAAAGGUGUAAGGAGUGAGGCUGAAGCAAUGGCCCCAGGGGAUUUUGUGUCUCACUCUUGCAUGUUGAGUGUAAACCUGGCCUCUGGACCAACCAGGACAAAUA